GCAAAUGCAUUUUCAGUUUUAACUUUAAAUUCGCCUGGUAAUGGCAGCUAUUAUUUUCAAUGUGUUUCUAAUUAUAUUUUCCCUCUACUUUUUUACAAUUUUCAUAAUAGGAUAUUGAGAAUUGUUUCUUUGGGUAGUUUUCCAGUUCGACAUAUCCCAUCUAAAGAUGCUUCCAGAUGGUCUGGAUAUGUUUUUGAUGUUAUAAAUAUUCUUGCAGAUAAUUUAAAUUUUAGUUAUGUUGUUGAAGAUCAAAAAGAUAAAAUUUAUGGAAUAGAAAAAAAUGGAAAAUGGAAUGGAAUGAUUGGAAAACUCAUAAAUGAUAAGGCAGAUAUUGCAGCAGCUGACUUAUCUUGGAGUCCAGAAAGAGCAGAAGUUGUUGAAUUUACUUUUCCUAUUUUUCCUGAAUAUGUCACAUUUGCAUAUAAAGCACCAAAAUCAUUAAGUCGAGCUUGGAUAUUAUUUGAAACAUAUUCUUAUCAAGUUUGGAUUUUCAUAAUAGUUACCAGUUUUAUUAUUGCUGGUACAAUAUUUAUUUCAUUAUUCAUCAAUCAGAAAAUAAGAAAUGAAGAUAAUUUGUGUAUUUCAAACCUUGCUGGCCAUGCUCUUAAUUAUGCAUUUAGAACAUUAGUUGGAAAAAGUUGCAAUACAUUGCCUAAUUUUGAAUCUGUUCGAUUGAUUAUUGGAAUCUGGUGGUUGGCUGUGGUCAUUUUCACUGCAGUUUACAGUGGAAAUUUAACUUCUUCAUUAAGUGCUUAUAAAACAGAGCUACCAAUUGAUGAUUUGUUUCAAGUAGCAAAAAAAUAUCCUCAUUUUAAGUUUGGUGUAAAGGAAGGAUCUUACUUAUCUUUUACG